AGUCAUUCUUAUAGCUGUGAAGUGCAAUACAGACCAGGCUUUGCUGAAGAUUCUUGCUGAUAUGGGCGUUUCAUUUGAUUGUGCAAGUAAGAGAGAGAUUGAAGCAGUGUUGAGUCUAGAUGUAUCACCUUCCCGUAUUGUUUACGCUCAUCCUUACAAACCGGUUUCAAGUUUGAAUUAUGCGAAACUUAAAAAUGUUUCUUUGAUGACAUUUGAUACAUCGAUUGAGCUAUACAAAAUAAAGGACGUUUACCCGUCGGCAAAAUUACUAUUGCGACUUCUUCCUGAGAUAGAAUUUGAUGCGAGAAUACAAUUUGGUAGCAGAUUUGGUUGUCCAUUGUCUGAAGUCAAGAAAGUGCUCCGCUUGGCUUAUGAUUUGAACCUUAACAUUGUAGGUGUAAGCUUUCAUGUCGGAAGUGAUGUAAAAGAUCCCGAAGCUUACAUUUCCGUUCUCAGCCAAUCAAGAGAUGUAUUUGAUAUUGCUGAAGAAAUAGGAUUCAAUAUGACUAUUUUAGACAUUGGUGGAGGCUUUCCGGGAGAUCAUAACACUUCACGUCAAUUUACAAAGUUCGCUGAAGUCAUUAACAAAACAGUGUUGGACUUGUUUCCACCGGACAAUAACCUCGAGAUAAUAGCCGAACCUGGCAGGUAUAUUGUGGCCUCUGCCUUUACUGUGGUUGCUAAUAUUAUUGGCAAAAGAUGUUACAAGAAAUCAAUAGCUGGUAAUGAAACGGAUGACAAUGACGAAAUUCAAACAGCAUCAAACGCCAAAGUUUCUACAACGUAUUUUAUCAAUGACAGUGUCUUUGGCAACUUUGUGUUCGGUCAUCUUUACAAACCGGGAAGCGAAAUUUAUACUCCCAAGUUAGUCAAGCAUUUUGUAUAUUUGGAUUGUUGA